AUGAACCAUCCAGAUCUCUCAGGGCUUCAGAGGGAGAUCAUCGUGGACGACCUGCCUCACCCCUUCGGCCUCACCCAGUACCGGGACUUUAUCUACUGGACCGAUUUUAACCUGCGCAGUAUCGAGCGGGCAGACAAACGCAGUGGACUCAACCGCACUGUGGUGCUGCAGGGCCAGCUGGAGCUGAUGCUGGACAUCCUGGUGUUCCACUCCUCCCGUCAGGAGGGCACCAACGAGUGUUCCCAUAACAACGGUAACUGUGCCCAUCUCUGCCUGGCCACGCCCGCUGGGGCCCAGUGCCGCUGCGCCUCCCACUACACUCUGAACCCCGACGGACGGAACUGCAGCUCCCCCUCCAGUUUCCUGCUCUUCAGUCAGAAGGCCAGCAUCAGCAGGAUGGUGUUGGGAGAGCAGAGUCCGGACAUCAUCCUGCCCAUCCACGUGCUGAGGAACGUCCGGGCGGUCAGCUACGACCCUCUGGACCGCCUGGUGUACUGGCUGGACGGACGACAGAACAUACGCAGGGCCCGGGAUGACGGAGCCAUGUCUUCCAUGAUCGUGAGCAGCAGUGUUCAGCCAGCGGACAACCAGCUCCAUGACCUGAGCCUGGACCCCUACAGCCGCCACAUCUACUGGUCCUGUGAGACCACCAACACCAUCAACGUCCAGAGGAUGGACGGCCACACGGUGGGCGUGGUCCUGAAGGACGACACCGACAAACCCCGGGCCAUCGUGGUCAACGCUGAGAAAGGGUACAUGUAUUUCACCACAGUGCAGGACCGCUCGGCUAAGAUCGAAGGAGCCUCUCUGGACGGCACGGAGAGAGAGUCUCUGUUCACCACCGGACUCAUCAGGCCAGUGGCUCUUGCUCUGGACAACAAAAUGGGAAAACUGUUUUGGGUCGACGCAGACCUCAAACGCAUCGAGAGCAGCGACCUGACAGGAGCCAAUCGCAUCGUCCUGCAGGACUCCAACAUCCUGCAGCCGACGGGGGUUACUGUGCUGGGAGACCACCUGUACUGGAUCGACCGGCAGCAGCAGAUGAUCGAGAGGGUGGACAAACUGACCGGAGAAGGGCGCACGCGCAUUCAGGGCCGCAUCUCCUACCUGACCUCCAUCCAUGCUGUGGAGGAGAUGGACCCACAUGAGUUUGCAUCCCACCCAUGUUCUCGCGAUAACGGCGGCUGUUCUCACAUCUGCAUCGCUAAGGGAGACGGCACCCCCCGCUGCUCCUGUCCCAUGCACCUGGUGUUACUGCAGGACCUGCUGCACUGUGGAGAGCCCCCCACCUGCUCCACAGAGCAGUUCACCUGCUCCACAGGAGAGAUCGACUGCAUCCCCAUGGCCUGGCGCUGCGACGGCUUCUCAGAGUGUGACGACAGCAGCGACGAGGAGAGCUGCCCCGUCUGCUCCUCCCAUCAGUUCCAGUGUGACAAAGGAGGCUGCAUCGACGCUCAGAGGCGCUGCAACGGGGAACCUGACUGUGCCGACCACUCUGAUGAGCACGACUGUGAGACCAUCUGCCCUCCUAACCAGUUCCGCUGCGGAGACAACCAGUGCAUCACGAAGAAGCAGCAGUGUGACAACUACUCUGACUGCCCCGACGGCUCCGACGAGCUCGCCUGUGAGUAUGUGUCUCCUCCCUCCGUCCCUAACACAGGGCCCAACACCAUCGGCCCGGUCAUCGCCAUCAUCCUGCUGGUCUUUGUAAUCGGGGGAGCCUAUUUUGUCUGCCAGCGGGUGGUGUGUCGACGCUACAAGGGCCCCAGUGGAACUUUCCCUCAUGAGUACAUCAGUGGGACGCCCCAUGUGCCACUCAAUUUCAUCGCACCCAGCAGCUCGCAGCAUGGCACCUUCCAAGGACAUAAAGUGUUAAAGAUCAUUCAUGGUACACACAGCUGGUUCUCCAUGGCGGCUGCUGACCUCGUGGUACCACUGUGGUUACUUACUCGCCUGCAGAGGUGGUUUGCCGGCCUUCGUUUAGAUCCCAAGAGGCACAAACGACGUCUGGUGACCAUCCCCCCCUUAGUGGAGGGCAACCUCCGAUACUGGGGGUCCCCAAAGCAUCUGCGGAGGGGAACUCCGCUGGGGAGGGUGACCGCUUACGUCACGGUGUUCAAGAUGCACCCGUGA